GAUGGGCUGAAGCCCCAAAAAUAUUUUCUUCUACCCCCUCUUUUGUAUUGUCGAGCCCACUCGAAGUCUGAAACCCUCUCAGACCGACACCACCCCAUGGGUUCCAUAGACACGCCGACGAUUACGGAGAAUGGUUCAACACAAUCCCACGCCGCCGCUGCUCCGGCCGACGACAACCAGAGGCCGUUGGCCUCCUCAAACGGAGCGCCGGAGUCUGAGGCAACGAAAAAGAGGAGGUCUGGUAUACUCCCCCUAGAGGUGGGUACUCGCGUCAUGUGCCGCUGGAGAGACGGCAAGUAUCAUCCUGUCAAAGUCAUCGAACGCCGUAAGCUGCAGUCCACUGAGCCCAGUGAUUAUGAAUAUUACGUUCAUUACACCGAGUUUAAUAGGAGGCUUGAUGAAUGGGUGAAGCUUGAACAACUUGAUCUUGAUUCUGUCGAAACGGUUGUUGAUGAAAAGGUCGAAGAUAAGGUAGCAAGCUUAAAAAUGACACGCCACCAGAAACGUAAGAUUGAUGAGACACACGUUGAGGUUGGUCAUGAGGAGCUGGAUGCUGCCAGCUUGCGUGAACAUGAAGAAUUCACAAAGGUGAAAAAUAUUGCGACUAUAGAACUUGGAAGAUAUGAAAUUGAGACUUGGUACUUCUCACCCUUUCCACCAGAAUAUAAUGAUUCGUUGAAGUUGUACUUUUGUGAGUUUUGCCUCAACUUCAUGAAAAGGAAAGAGCAACUUCAAAGGCAUAUGAGGAAGUGUGAUUUGAAGCAUCCCCCUGGGGACGAAAUAUAUCGAAGUGGUACCCUGUCAAUGUUUGAGGUUGAUGGCAAAAAGAACAAAGUUUAUGGGCAGAAUCUUUGUUAUUUGGCGAAGUUGUUCCUUGACCACAAGACCCUUUAUUACGAUGUUGACCUGUUUCUAUUCUAUGUUUUGUGUGAAUGUGAUGAUCGAGGUUGCCACAUGGUUGGAUACUUUUCCAAGGAAAAGCAUUCAGAGGAAUCCUAUAAUUUGGCAUGUAUCCUCACCCUUCCUCCAUAUCAAAGGAAAGGCUAUGGGAAGUUUUUAAUUGCCUUUUCAUAUGAACUCUCGAAGAAAGAAGGUAAAGUUGGCACACCUGAAAGACCACUUUCCGACCUAGGGCUGUUGAGCUACAGAGGGUACUGGACAAGGGUUCUUUUAGACAUCCUGAAAAAGCAUAAAGGAAAUAUUUCCAUCAAGGAGCUCAGUGACAUGACAGCUAUAAAGGCGGAGGAUAUAUUGACCACUCUGCAGAGUCUAGAGCUGAUUCAAUACAGGAAGGGGCAGCAUGUUAUAUGUGCGGAUCCCAAGGUGUUGGAUCGUCAUCUAAAAGCCGCUGGGCGUGGUGGGCUUGAGGUUGAUGUUAGCAAGUUAAUCUGGACACCCUAUAAAGAACAGAGUUAAUGCUGCAUAGCUUCUUGUAUAAGGAGGAGGUUUAACACUAACCAGUUUGUUUAGUUAGUAGCAGUUUUACUAGGAAAUUGUAACUUGUGUUUGUAUAAAAAAUAGGAGAGAAUAAGAAACUUAAAAAGAUUGAAUUAGAUCCUCCUAUCAUCAUUUCACAAGCUAACCUGUAAAUUCCCUUAUUUAACCAUGAGAUACAACGUAAUGACACUCUUGUGCGACAUCAUACGCUUAUUUGGGUUUUAUAGAGAGGAUAUGUAUCAUGUUUCCUUGUUCAA